CAGUCCCUUAAUCUUGAUAGCAUUGAUGUCAGCGGCACACUGCCUGCUGGUAAAUGAGCUUCAGAGAGGACCAUGUUGUAGAAACGGUAUAAGUAAUGUCAUUCUGUGUUCUUGCAGGAGGGAGGUUUAAAAAGGAGAUUGUGGUGGAUGGACAGAGUUAUCUCUUGCUGAUCAGGGAUGAAGGCGGCCCACCAGAACUGCAGUUUGCUGCCUGGGUGGACGCGGUAGUGUUCGUCUUCAGCUUGGAGGAUGAGAUCAGCUUCCAGACAGUUUAUAACUACUUCCUGCGUCUUUCCAGCUACAGGAACACGGCAGAGGUUCCCAUGGUGCUGGUGGGGACGCAGGAUGCCAUCAGCGCUGCCAACCCAAGAGUGAUAGAUGACGCCCGGGCUCGGAAACUAUCCAACGACCUGAAACGCUCCACGUAUUACGAAACCUGCUCCACCUAUGGUCUUAACGUGGAGAGAGUCUUUCAAGAUGGUGAGAUGCUUUAUGUGAUAACCAGUGUCUCUGAAGUCUACUUUAAGUGUUAAUGCCAAGUAUUUAUCCUCAGGUGUGAGUUUACUAACCUAGUUUGCCGUUAAAGGGACAGUUCACCCAAAAAUGAAA